AUUGUUUAAGAAGAGAAUUUUAAAGAGGGUAAAGCACUAUGAGAGCCGACCCAUGAGGCUAAUCCGAUAGGUGAAGCAAUGCGUAUUGGCAGCGCUAAUGCACCAACCCUGCACCAGACCCUCACCAACACCAAAGACGCUUCCCUCUUGCCCACGCUCGUACGCGACUCCAUCCACCAUUACCUUCUCGAUGAUGAACAAGAACACAGAACAAGAACAUCUGGACUCCGUGUUCAAGCAAACACGAGCGCUCCGAUCCAUGGUCCGCAAGACCCUCAAGGCUAUGGAACCGGACCUCAGAUCCCAAGAAGGUACUUACAAUUGUUAUUACCCUUCGUUUCUUACAUUGUUUCUGGCACAUGGGUCUUACUGUCUUGUUUGUUUUCUUCAGACAAUGCCAUUCAGAGUAUUAUUUUGGAAUCUCCAUGGUUUAAAUCUGGUAGGAGAUUGUGUGCCUAUAUAAGUUGCAGUGCUUUGCGGGAAGUUGACACAUCAAAAUUGUUGUCUGAAACUCUGUCAAAUCCAACUGGAGAUGGCCACACACAGAGAGGAAAAAUACUUUAUGUUCCACGCGUGGAGGACAAGAAUUGUCACAUGCGCACGCUGAGAAUCUCAUGUAUUGAUGAUCUUGUUGCAAAUUCAAUGGACAUCUUAGAACCAGCUCCAAUGGAUAGUGAUGGAAACGAACGUGAAGAUGUUAUGCUAGCAAAUGAGCCAGUUGAUUUGUUCCUCUUGCCUGGACUAGGAUUUGACAGAUCUGGAAGGCGCCUGGGUCGUGGUGGAGGUUAUUAUAAUACCUUCCUGAAGAAAUACCAAGAGCUUGCAAAGGCAAGGGAUUGGAAGCAACCCCUCCUUGUUGUGCUGUCAUAUUCUGUGCAGAUAAUGGAUGAAGGAGUUAUAGCAGUCACUCCAGAUGACAUUCCUGUGGAUGCUCUCGUAUCCCCAAUCGGUGUGAUUCCUAUUAGCCAAGCUGCCUUAGACAGGUAACAUUAUGUAAAUCCUUCA